UCUCCCGGAAGUGGAAUGUAGAUCCGGCUGUGAAAGUGGCAGCCGGUGGCCCCCGAGAACAGACGUGGGGAGGUCGCACCUGAACUGUUUCUCUACGUUUCCUCUGGAUCCUUCCUGAGUCUUCCAGGUCCACGGAGUGAGGAAACGUCUCCACCAUCAUGGGAGGCGGAGACCUGAACCUGAAGAAGAGCUGGCACCCGCAGACACUCCGCAAUGUGGAGAAAGUGUGGAAGGCUGAGCAGAAGCAUGAGGCUGAGCGGAAGAAGAUUGAGGAGCUUCAGCGGGAGUUGCGGGAGGAGAGGGCCAGGGAGGAGAUGCAGCGCUACGCGGAGGAUGUUGGCGCUGUCAAGAAAAAAGAAGAAAAAUUGGACUGGAUGUACCAGGGUCCUGGUGGGAUGGUGAACCGUGAUGAGUACUUGCUGGGGCGCCCCAUUGACAAGUACGUUUUUGAGAAGAUGGAGGAGAAGGAGGCAGGCUGUUCUUCUGAGACGGGACUCCUCCCAGGCUCUAUCUUUGCCCCAUCGGGUGCCAACUCCCUCCUUGACAUGGCCAGCAAGAUCCGGGAGGACCCGCUCUUCCUCAUCAGGAAGAAAGAGGAAGAGAAAAAAAGAGAGGUAUUGAAUAAUCCUGUGAAAAUGAAGAAAAUCAAAGAAUUGUUGCAAAUGAGUCUGGAAAAAAAGGAGAAGAAGAAAAAGAAGGAGAAGAAAAAGAAGCACAAGAAACAUAAGCACAGAAGCUCCAGUAGUGAUCGUUGCAGCAGUGAGGAUGAGCGCAGCUGCGGGAGAUCUCAAAAGAAGAUGGCAAAUUCUUCCUCUGUUUUAUCCAAAGUUCCUGGGUAUGGUUUACAGAUCAGGGACUCCGACCAUAGCCAGCGUCUGCAGGGCCCUUUGAUGGCUGAGCCAAAAGGAGUGCAUGGGUGGAAGAAUCACUCCGGGUCCAGGAGCUCCUCCCCCUCCCCUCCCAGACAUGCCAGCAAGAAGAGCACCAGAGAAGUAGGGUCCCGGGACAGGAGGUCUCCAUCCCCGGGCAGAAGGUCCCGGUCCCCAAGGCCAAGCAAAGCGCACAACUCUAAGGUAAACAGGAGAGAGAGAGGCCGAACCAGGAGCCCAUCACCUAAAAAAGAGGUCUACCAAAGGCGGCACGCACCUGGAUACACCCGAAAGCUCUCAUCAGAGGAACUUGAGCGAAAACGGCAAGAAAUGAUGGAAAAUGCCAAGUGGCGGGAGGAAGAGAGACUGAACAUCCUUAAGAAGCACGCUAAGGACGAGGAAAGGGAGCAGAGGCUGGAGAAGCUGGACUCUCGGGACGGGAAGUUUAUCCAGCGCAUGAAGCUAGAGAGUGCAUCCACCUCCUCCCUGGAGGAUCGGGUGAAGCGCAAUAUCUACUCUUUACAGAGGACCUCAGUAGCCCUGGAGAAGAACUUUAUGAAAAGAUGAAACCAUCCUCUCUUGCCGAUUUUCCUGAAUUUUCCAGGGAAGCUGCUGACCCCUUAAAAAUUCUCUUUAUAAGAGUUCAAGUGACUUCUUCCACAGAUGUCAAACCACCACUGUUCAAAGUGACUGUCCUCCGUGGAUCCUGAAACAGCUACUUCCUUUGAGAAGUAGUGUGACUUGCAUUAUGGGACCCUCAGCAGCUUUUGCUGGGUGCAGAGUGGGUUUUGACUGUUUUUAGUGGUGGGCACUGGACCAUCUAGGUGUGAGCACUCCUGCCACUCUGGAGGGCUGCUUCCUGUGGUUGUGAUUCGUAUUAUGCCACUUUCCUCCCACUUGUGUGAACACACCUAUUCCACCUCCUCAGCAUAUACCAGUCCUUCUAGAAACCCCAUCCAGAGUCACUGAGAUAGCGUGUGCUUACUAGGGUAAAUGAACAUGGACUUGAUUUCGUCGAUAGGUGACAGGAUGAUAGCAGGUUAGGGCGGAGCCAAGGGAGUGACAAAAAACCUGGAAGGGGAAAAUGUUUUUAAAGUCCCUAAGUGAACUGUUGGAACCAUUGGACUACCUUUCAAACUGUAACAGUAUAGUGUGUGUGUACAUAUAUAUACAAAUGGUAAUUUUUACAUGCUUUUUAAAAAAAACGUUAGCUUUGUGAGAAUAUCUUGUUUCGUAAGCGACUUUACUAUGUAACUGAACCACAUUGUAUCUUGUUAUUGAGUAAUACAGUAAGGCAGGUCAGCUUUUUUCCCCUUUGCAAAUCCAGCUAGUUUAGGAGGGGCUGGGUUUAUUGAUAGGUUCUAGGGUAUCCAUCCUUUUACACUGCUUAGAGUCUUCGAUGUGAGAAGUGCAAUGAUGAAGUCAAAUGAUUUUAUGAGUCAGGACCAAAUUGGCAGUAUGCUCCCUGGCUCUUAAAAAAUAAAUAAAAAUGGAAGCUGUUUAUAUUUUAUGGCUUCCUUUUAUCAUGUAGUAAUCCUAUUACAAUAAUUCUAGAUUUCCUGAAGUUGUUUGCUACUAUUUUUUAGUCAGUUAUUAAAAAACCCAAAAAGUUAUGGUUCCAA